CAAGGUCCAAGAUCAACUUCUUUAUUAACACAAUCUGUAACAGCAGGCUUUUUACAAUUUGGUAGUGACUUACCGAACGAAAGAGACCCACCACAACAAGGUCUUGGAAUUAUAAACCACGUCGAAGAACCUUUAAAAAACUAUCCUGGUGCACUUAUUACUCUUACCAAUGAACAAGCCGUCAAAUUCCAAUAUCUCAUUAAUGAAGUCUUUGGAAAUAACUACAUUGAUAAUGCACAACUUCUUCAGACCCUGAAAUUAGUAUUAGAAAAAAGACUAUUUCUAGUAAAACCUGCUUCAGAAGUUUUUUCAACACCAUUCUGGUACAAGAAGGACCUGACUAUUGAAAUAAUUGAUCUAUAUAUUGCUCUGGAAGUUGUAUCUGAGGUUAGUAACUUUGACACUGAAGUUGCUCUAAAAAAUCUGAUCGACGGUUAUUUGGAAAUUUUGGAAACUUGGAUGUCUAAACCGAACGAGCUAGAGGGACCCAAACUCGAAAACCGUGGAGACU